CAAAACGACUUUCAGAUGUGAAAAUUUUUCGGUGGGUGUUAGAUAUCCUGGCUAGGACACUAUCGUUCCUCUUGCGAAAACUUGUGAAAAUUAAGUGAACAUUCAUCGGAAAAGUCUCUCCAAGAGUGUACAAAGAGACACGCUUCGAUGUCUCGGCUGUUUAGAUAAUGCUUAAGUUACCCAAAGGACUGAAGAAAAAGAAGAAAGGUAAAAAAUCCAAAAAAGAUAAAGAACUUUUCACCGAAGAAGAGCUUGAGCAAUAUCGUCGCGAGCAUCAGAAUCAGUCGGCACUCAACUCGGCCGCACCAUCAGACAGUGAAGAUACACCGAGCCAAUCGGGUGAAAAAUCUUCGGACAACGCUGAGGAAUGGUCCAAAUUUGCAGCUCUAACAACUGGUAUUGACUCAGUGCUACGAAAAACUCAAGAAGAUCUAGACCGUAUAAAGGAGAAAUCGUUCUUUCAGAAAGUACCGACUAAAGUUGAGCUUGAACAAAAAGAGCGUGAAGAACAACUUAAACGUGAAGAGGAAGAGCGCUUGAGGGCAGAAGAAGCGGCUCGAGAGGCAGCCAAAGAGGCUGAAGAGAAACGAGCUGCCGAAGCACUCAUCAACGCUGUUGUUGAACUUUCCGACUCAGAACCCAACUCAGAGGUUGAGGAGGAUAUCUUUGACACCAACUACACUGAUGCUAUAGCUUCUGGAGAACUGCCAAUCGCUUACGUUCCAGAAUCACCAGAGUUAGAAAGCUUUGAGGGACCAGAUCCAUUCGACACUUCCUACGCUGAGAAAGUUAUCAAGGGACCGGACGUAUCGAAACGUGGAAAGAAGAUCGUUAAUAUUGGAGCAGCUGUUGAGGUCCUCACAGGUCGUGUAGAAACUGUUACGAAAACUUCUUCCAUUCGUAGACCACGUCGUGGACCUAAAAAUCUUUUGUUGGAAUCUUUUGACGACGGACAGGAAGACGAGGAUCUAAACAAACCUGUCGCUGAGCAAGUAGCUGCCGAACCACUAUUCACACUUCUAGACGAUCCAACUGAUGAACUUCCUGGCGAUACAGGUCCAAUUGACUUGAGUGUUUCUCUGCAUUUAGCACUACAAAAAGAGCAGGAAACUAAAAAGGAAGAAGAACCUGAACUUGAUCUUGACGAAUUCGACGACCUCAAAAAACGGGACUCGACUGCAAACGAAGAAGAAUUCCAAUUACUCACUGAUCCGGAAGCUUCCAAGAAACCGUCUCGUCCACCUCCACCUCGUCCUGCUGCCAAGUCUCACUUAGCGGAGCUUAUCGGUGAGGACGACGACGACGACUUUAAUCCGAACGGAGACGAUCCAUUCGAUACUGGAUUUGUAGAGCGUGUUCUUCCAGCCACUGCCAAGGAGGACGACGAUUUUGAUCCUAGAGCUGAAGAAGGACUUCCUACAGCUGCAGACGAAGACGAUUUCGAUUUUGAUCCUCGAGCCGGAGAAGAGCCUUUAGUCGAGAAACCUAAUCGUGCCAAGACACCGGAUCUUUUUUCUUCGGAGGAAAAUACAGCAGGCCUUUUGGUUCAGGAACCGCUAGCUAAAGACCUUUUAUCCGGAAGCACUACUGAUCUUAACGAACUUGCGCAGACUCCGUUGGAGUUCUUAGCACCGGGAGCUGAUUCAGUUGGAUUUGUCGAUCCUUUCGAUACAUCUGCGGUUGACUCUAUCGUUGCACCAGGUAAAACUGAAUUGAAAUUUCUCGAAGAAGAGUUACUUACCAACAACGCACCAAAUUUGAGUCACUCCUUGAGCGAUCCUGAUUUCGAUCCUCGAGCUGGUUGUGAGCAAUCCAUCGAGGUUGAAACGAAACCAGACACCACUGUAAUCGCUCAACGUAAAUCUUCGUUAAGUUUACAAAUCAACGGAUCAGCAGCCAGAAAUAAGACGGUUGUGUUUGCUGUACCAACACCAGAUCUACUGAAAAUCGACGGUGAUAAUACGGUCUCCAAAAAACCACUGACACCUUACUACAGUCGUGAGUCUUCAAUUCCUGAAUCGGAAUCAGUAGAUCCGUUCGAUACUUCUUUCGUACCGAGCAUUGGUCCCACUAGCUUGGAGUUGAACUUGAUUGAACAAGAACUUAACAGUGUUUCACUGAAACACAGUCUAUCUGAUCCGGACUUUGAUCCACGAGCUUCUUCACCGGUUGCUGUAGCCGAUAAACAAUCAGUAAAAUCAGACCUUCUUGGAAUCAGCGAAGAAUACAACCAAAAGGUUCUAACACCGGCUAAACAGGUGCAGCCAGAAGAAAUAGACCCAUUUGACACAUCUAUUGCUAUUGAUAUCAAACCGGGCCGAGCUGAACUGAAACUAUUGGAAGACGAGCUCAUUCCAGCUUCAACGUCAACCGAUAAUCAGGAUAUUCUCUCAAACUCGCAAGACGCUAGCGCAGUUUUCGUGAAAGUUCUUACACCGCAAGCGAGCAAAUCAAUCGACGUUGAAGAUAUCGACCCGUUUGAUACAUCGUUUGCCAACGACCUCGGACCGGGAAAGACUGAAAUCAAAUUACUAGAGAGUGAACUUAUCGACUAA